UUUGCUUUAGGAAUUCAAAAUGUAAAUGUUGCAAUAGUGUUUUUUUAAAUAAAUAUACACAAACAAGAUCAUCUACAUUAUGGCGAAACCGCACAUACCUUUUGUGCAGUAGCGUUGCAAACAGCAUAACAUAUUAUGCAUCGUUAACGGCAAUUGCGUCACUGGUUACCAAGGAGAAGAUACGCUGUGAUGAAAUGUUAACGCCACGAUAAACGUUGGUAACGCAACGCGGUACUUUAUAAAGUAAAAAUAUCGUUUCUUGAAAUAACUAUGUCUUCGGCAAUUUACUUGUAACACACUUCUAGCCAACUUUAAUACCGAACUUCACGCAAAGAUCAAGUACACUCCACCGAUUGAGUGAUAUUAAUACAUUGUUGCAUUACGGCCAGCACAGACAGGAGUAAAAAGAGACCUUUCUCCUUGUCUGUCGGUGCUGUAUGCGUUGGUGGAAAGUGGAUCUACCGACAGGCUGAAGAUAUUUUGAUGAAUCGUGGACGUGCAUAGGUCAGAUAAAGAUACAGCAGAAAAACAAACAUGAAGACAGUGAGGAGACAAAACAGCCAGACUCAUAGUCCAAGACGGCGACGAAUUCAUUCCCCAUCAAGCUCUGCAUUAUCAUUAGGAAGGAAUGAAGACACAGUAAAUCAUAUUAUAAGCCAGAGGUCAACUAUUCUAUCGGGUAAAGGAACAAACCCAGGAGUCUUUUGGUUCAGUGAUUCUCGUAAGCACCAUAGUGAUACUGCUUUCACUAAAUCUACCCCACUUGGAAAAAUGCCAGCGUGGAUAACGAUGCAAGGAAAUGAGCAUCAGCGUAGAGCUCGAAGCAUCCCAGACUUUCUUUCUGGAGGACAUUACGGAUAUCAGCAUCAAGUCUACCAAUCAGCUGCUGAGAUAUUUGAGCGAUUAGCAAUUCGAAAAAACGUUGGAGAAAGCCUUGUGCAGUAUGGGAAUAUAAAGUCCGACGAUCCACUCAGUUUUCCGUCACAAAAAGUGAAGCGACAAGCAUAUGAACUGGCGUAUGAAACCUUGAAAUAUCAAGAAUUACUGGAAGACAUUCUGUCGGACAGUGGAUAUUUCUUUUCCUACCCAACUGCUGAUGAUACAACAGCCCUUGUGGUUGUAAUGUUAUUCGACUUUCAAAACCGAAAAUGGACGCCGAGGUGUCAGAUCAUUGGUGAUGUUAUAAGCAGAGACGUUGUAGAGGUGGAACAAAACCUUAUGGGACAUCGAAUACGAUUAGCAGCUGCAUUGGCAAGAUGCAGGGUGAAAAACCAGUCACUAUCCAUUGAUUAUGUUCUUCCUGAAUCAGUUCGUCAACAAGAGAAAUGUGCUUCUGCUUUGCCACAAUAUGCUUGGGUUAACACAGUGAAAACAAGCAUGAACGCCGUAAUAGAGGAACUCAUAAGAAACAAUUACAUUGAAUAUUUGGAGAGUUCAGAAAUGGUUGUUCCGCCAAGAGGAAAGUUUUUCCAUCGAGAUCAGCAUUGUGAGGAUGUUAUUUUGUUCCCAAGCGACCAAAAAGAAGCGCUCAAGUGUUUGGAUAUUGUGGAGGACAAUGAUCUGAUUUUACAGGACAAAACGAGCAGUUUAGCUGCACAGGCAGUUGCAGCUUUACUUACUGAGGAUGAUGAAUGUGAUUUGAUCCACAGUGAUGUUUCAUCUGGAUAUACAACGGCUCAUCUUGCUGUUUUAUUGCACAAGGUUUCUAAAAAGAGGUUUGAAGCACGAGAAUUAAUGUAUGGAAAUUCUGUCAACCACUUUGGUGCACCGAGUAACCAAGAACAGCAGGAACUGCACCGUCCAACAGUUUACGCGUGUGGGGUUCGUAACGACGCUCAUCGUGACAAGUUAAACACCCUUAUCAAGUCAAUGGGAUUAAAAAAUGUGAAAUUCCUCAGUGACAAAUUUGAGAACAUUGAUGGCGCCAAGGAUCCUCGCUUCGAGCGAGUCAAAGCAAUCCUUGUUACGCCUCAGUGCACACGCACAGCGGUAGCCAAUCCUGUUGAGUUCAUGUUAAAUGAAGGAGACACCGAAAGUUAUGCUGUUUUGCGUGAUUUGUCGCACGGGGAACGCCACAAUAGAGCUGCAGAAUCUGGCAGAGCUCAUGUGGAGACAAUCAAGACAGCACUGAAGUUUCCAAAUAUCGCAGCUUGUGUUUAUGUAACACGGAGCAUCCACUCGGUGGAAAACGAGCAAGCGAUACAGACUGCCAUCAAGUGGCAUCGAGAUACAUCGGACGGACUUCAACCGUUCCGUAUUUGUCCUCCAACACUUCCACUUUCUUCCAAUGAUAUCAAAGAAGGGGAUUAUAUCACACCAGUGGCAGGUAACUCAAGGUCAAGGUCAAGCCUGUUAAAACAGAAAUAUCUUAAAAUGCGACAAUCUUCUGAAAUGAAUGGAUGUUUUAUUGCUGUUCUAUCAAGAGAGAUUGACCCAAUGGACUCCAUGACGGUGAAAGAUAUUUUACGUCGUGCUGCAUUGAAGGGAUUAAUUGCUCCAACAUCUCCAACAACUAAACCCAAGCAACCAAAGGAAGAAAAAGCUGUGGUUGAAAAACCUGCAACACCACCUGCAGAAACACCAACCGUGAAAACUGAGCAACAGCCUGUGGAAAAAAUCAAGAGACAUAAGAGCAAAGUUGCUUUUGGUAAGAAGGUCAAGCCAUCCAGUGUAACUAAUGUGACAAAGCUUAAAAAGACCAACAGCAAAAGUGUUGAUUCUAAUGAUGUUGACAAGAUGCUGGAUCAGUACAGAAGUACAAGCAAGACCAAAUCUUUAAAUGAAGUUGGUAGCAAGACAAGCGACAUGGCGCAAGUGAGUAUCAAUCUAGAGUUCCAUAACACUUCAUCACUGAGAUUCUCCGAAACACCACCAGGGUCACCGAAGCAUGACUCAACAAAAAUAUCAGGGCCUUGCAUGCAGAGUCAGAUCAAUUCUGAUGUUGAGACCAUUCUCACCCGUCUUUCAAGUAGAGAAGCCAGUCGUAUGUGAAUAUACCGACUGAAAACUACAUAUUGUACAAAAACUGCUAUAUCUUUACUAUACUCACACUCGCAUGCUGUUACAUUGCUUCAUUAUAUUUUGUUGCUUUUUUAGUUUUUUAGUACUUCCAUGCACAUAACCUCUGCAGUGCUUUUGGUCCAGGCAUGCAAUCUAUGCUCGUAUAUAUACAGCUGCUUAUAUUGCUACAACUAUUCUCACUGUUCCCUCUUCCAUGAUAUUUAUAAGUUCACAACUUAAUAUUUGUCUUCUCCGUACUUAUAAUAUAUAUAUACGUUUUUUGUACAUUAUUAAAAGUUUAGUUAAGCAGA